GUCUAUGUUCCGGGACGGACGUUUUGGUUUGUUGUUUGAAUGGAACGAAUGCCGUGUUUUGUGAUUGUUUCUUCUACGCCAUUCUGCGCUAAAUCAUACACGAUGUCUUGAAAAUUGUGUAUAUUUAACUAACAUGUGAUUUUACAAAGAAAAGCAAAAUGGGCCGAUCAAAAUUUCCGGGGAAACCUUCAAAACAUACACAUCGAAAACGAAUAAAUGUGCUUCCUCCCUCUGGGGAUAUGCUUAAUAUUGAAUUCGGUAACCCAGUGACAGUUAAAUCUGUUGAAGAAAACAAACAGGAUGACGACGUGAAUGAUAGUGAUAGUGAAAGUGCUCCCAGUGAAAAUACUCCUAAAGUUUCACUAACCAGAAGACUGACAAGGGACAUAAAAACUAUCAGAAACAAAAAUGCAACUAAAAGAAAUUUACUGUCAAAGAUGUCUUCAAAAAGAUCAAAUUUGUCAUGCAAGACACUACACAACUUCUCGAAGACAUGCAGGGAAAGUACAAAUCUAGUUGGAAAAUUUGUUUUGCCAACUCGUAGUGUGCAUUCUUCCAGGGUGAUAAAACCGAAUAAACGCUUUAUAAGUGAUAUGAAUGAAGGUGUUACUUUGAAAAGACGAAUGAGUGUUGCAAAAAGACAAGAUGAAGACAAAGCCAAGACAAUGGGCAGCUUUAUCAGUGAACAGAAAUGUGAUAUUGAGAAGACAGCUUUCACAAAUGGCCAUAAAGUAGUUUUGAGACAAGCAAGACUUAAGCUUCCUAACCAUACUGGUACACAAGGUCCUUUUUCCACAAAAUCCAAUAGUUUUCCACCUGGUACAGUAACUUGUGGAGUAUGUGGAGCAGUCAGAUAUUAUAGGUUUGUUAAACAAGCUCGCAAGUUCAACAUCUACAGCUGUGAGUCGUGCAGAAAGUUCAUAUCCAAGAUGAUUAAACGAUCAUCCUGUGGUAAUAAAAAUGCUCAAUCUCCUUUAGUUUGUCAGAAAGGCCAGGGAAUGUGCCAUGUAUCUUCUGUGGUGAGAAGCCAACAACGUAAGCUCAGUAAAUGUGCUUACAAAGCCCGUUGCUCAGCAUGUUGGUUGAAAAUGUGCCUUAGGACGUUCCAUAUGCCUUCUUCUUUAAAACAAGGUUUAACUAUGAUGUUACCAAAAGACAUGCAGAGCAUUUUUAACAAUAGUUUAACUACAUUAACGUGGCAAUCGAAUGUGUUGCUUGAACAACCAAAGGAGGGUGAAACAAUAAAAAAGCGCUCCCUCAGAAUGAAGAAUCCUAAACCAGCUAAUCCAGUGACUGUGCAACUUCCUACAUCGGAUAUCAAUAGGCAGAAAAUUGACCUGAGAGGGCCAAGAGUCAAACAUGUAUGCAGGAGUGCAUCAAUAGUCUUAGGACAGCCGAUAGCCACAUUCACUGAGGGAGAUAAGAAAUGUGAACAGCAAGAAAAGAAUGAAAGUCCAAAUUGUGAUAAAAAUUCACUAGAUCAUGGAAAAGGGAGUACUGCACAGAGUGAAACUGAAUCUACAUGCAGUGAUAAACUUUCAAAAGUGAGUGGGUCUAGUGACCUAGAAAACAGUAAUCGAAGGGAAAAGUCAUAUAGAAACUUGACAAAUCUUUACAGUUGCAGUGAGGGACGGUUAGCGGAAAAGAAGAGGAAUUCAGUUGAUCCAGAGCUAGAUAUUGAAAAUGGCAUAUUUAUAGACUACCAUGAGAUUAAUGAACCUAAUUAUAUCAUCAAAAAUGGCUACUGCCUUAUGGGCUCGAAGCAGUUCCCCAUGCAGUCAGUAUGUUUCUUAUGUGGCAGUGCAGGCCGUGAAACAGUGGUCCACUGCUCAGUCUGCUGCGAGUCCUUCCAUUCCUUUUGUGUAAACUUGCCAGUAUCUACUAUGUGUAAAAACUUGUGGACUUGUGAAAGAUGCUCAACCUGUGAUGGUUGUGGCAGUGUGGAAAAAGAAAAAGUUAGGUGCAUAAAAUGUAGAAAAGCCUUUCAUGAAGAAUGCUUGAACACGAAGCCCAGUGAAAAUAUUUUUAAGAUGUGUUCAAAAUGUACGAAAUGUGAAAACUGCAGAGGAGAUAGUACAGAAAUAACUAUAGGUAAUAUCCCGUUCUGUGCAGCGUGUUUUGAGCUGAGAAGAAAAGACAAUUUUUGUUCUAUAUGUAACCAUAGAUAUGAGGAAAAGGAAGUUAAUUUACGAGUGUUGGAGUGUUCAAAAUGUUCAAGAUGGCAACAUUCAAAAUGUGAAAAUCUUACGCCGGAGCAGUACCAAAUAGCAUGCGUACUUCCUGGUGACAUCAAAUAUGUAUGUUCAGUAUGUUCAAAAGAGUCAUGGACUAUAUGGAAGAAAAGGAUAACGGAAGAACUGAUAUGGUGCUUCAGUGAGGUCACUAGACUUCUAUUAAUGAAACAGACUGCUAGGGAUCUAUUAAAAUCUAGUUAUUCAAAUGUCGAAUCGCAUAGAUUGAAAGGGAUGCAAUCUAGUGAUACUGAUACAGACAAUAACAAUGGUAGUAAAGAGACAACAGACAACGCAGUUACAAUAAGUGAUAUCAAAAAUAAGCUUAAUUUCAAGGAGUACAAAACCACAAAAGAUUUCAAUAACGACGUUAACUGGUUUUUGAAGACACUCGGUUCAGAAGAAUUGCUGAACAUUUACAAUAACAUCUUCCAAAAAGUAUUUCCCUGGUAUGAGAAGAUCCAAGCUGAAAAUGAUCCGAUUGACAGUCUGAGCAUCUCAAGUGAAGAUGAAGACGAUGAGAGUGACAUAUCCGAGAUCACCUGCUCUAUAAUGAGCGACACCAGAAUAUGCGGGUUUUGCAAAGGUAUAGGUGAUGGAGAAAAUACUCAAGAAUCUCGGCUCAUAUACUGUGGACAGAACGAGUGGGUGCAUGCUAACUGUGCUUUUUGGUCCACCGAAGUUUUCGAAAACGUGGAUUAUUCGCUUCAAAAUGUCCAUGCUGCCUUAAAUAGAAGUAGAAUGACUAGAUGUUCCCAUUGUAAGCUGAAAGGUGCCAGUGUAGACUGUUAUUACAAAGGAUGUCAUGACACAUACCAUUUUAAAUGUGCCAGAAUAGCAAGAGUUAAUUUCAUGCGUGAUAAGACUGUCUACUGCUCCAGUCAUGAGAUCAAGAAAUGCACCAUCACGAAUUUCAUGAUUUGUAGAUCGCUCUAUGUAGAGAUAUGUCCUGAUAGAAAACAGCUCGCCGAGAUAGAAAAAGUUCAUUUUAUGGUCGGAUCGCUUUAUGUCAAACAUCUUGGGAGAAUAGAACCUUUGGUAUCAGAUUGCGUGGAUUCCAUCAUACCAAUUGGUUUCGUGUGUACCAGAUUGUUUUGGUCCACCAUAGAACCUUGGAAACUGGUACCUUACACCAUAUCAACCUCGGUUCAACAUUCGAAUAAUAGUUCCGUCACAAUAAAUCGGAACUUCACGAUUGACCACACGUUAGAAAAGACAGCCUUGGAGAAAAUCAUGAGGGAACUUUACACGUGGCAGAAAGACAUAGAGAAGAAAAGCUCGGAUAGCGAGUCGGAAGACGAUGAAGAACAACAAAAUGGCGCUGAUAUCUUAUCGCCGGAAUUAACCGACGCCAUAUUGGAAGAGUUGCCUCAUGAUUUGCUGGAUGGGAUAUCCGUGCAGGAUAUUUUUCCGAAGCUGUCGUGCGAGGAGAUUGUCAACAUCGAUUUUAAAAAUGAAAUCCAAAAUUCCGAUGGUUUUUUUGACGUCGAGGAUGUCAAGAAGAAAGAUCUGAAGCAAAAUAAACUUCGGCCUACGCAAAGGUCGUGCAGUCUCACCCUCAGUUGCAAACUUGACAGCUCCCUCAGUCCAGCCAUAAAGAAGAGAAAAAUGAUGACCGCCCGUGAAAACAACAUGAUGUAUCAAAUUCUCCAAGUCGACGGCAACUGUGAUGAUAGUAGCUCUAGCGAAUGUGAAUCACCUACAAGGACAUUUUGGGUGGAUUACGUUCCUGAAGAGCCAGUUACUUGUGAAAAAUGCCAGUGUACUUACAGAACUCAGGCUAGUUAUAAGCGCCACUUAGACUCUUGCGAGGUGAUUUGUACCAGUGAAAGUGACUCAGAACCUGUACAAGAGCAAGACAUCGUGUCCGUAUACACCAACGCGAAUAUCGUUGAAGAAGAUCAUGUUACGCUCGAGAUAAGUGAACAACCAGUCGUUUUGUCAUCCUACGAGACGUAUCAAAGUGAAAUCCAUACCUCGGUCAACACGCAAAGUUUCGUGGUGUCCAAAUCAACGGCAGAAAUGAUAGUGCCUCAGACUUCAAAUGUGAUAAUCACGCCCGUUGAGCAGAAACCCGUUGUACAGACGGUACCCAUCGCUCUGGAACCUACAGCACACCAUGACCAAACGCAGUACUGCGUGAAUCAGAAUAUACCUUUAUGCAUAAACCAACCUAUAACUUUGCCAAACGGGGUGCAAGUGAAUCAUGCGGGUAACCAGAUACUCUCGAUAAAUCCCAAUACUCCGAUUGCUAUAAAUUCUCCAAACCCCAUAGCAUUCAACUCCAUAAAUCAGCAGCCUUUGGAUUUCCAGCAGUCCCAAACGGUGACUAUCCAGGCAGCGCCUUAUAACCAACCCGCCAUUUUAAACGUUGGACCAUUAAAUGGAAAGUUGAUCAAUCCUGUGAUGCCCACAAUGAAUGUUCAGAAUGCUUCAUGGGUGAAACCAGUUAGUAAACCUACUUUAGUCGCUCAGAAAGCCAUAAAAGCGAGACCUAGACCUAGAACGAUAACUUCCAAAAGAAUAGACGAGGGAGAGACCAUCAUUUUACCGACCCAAAGUUCUAAUGGACAAGUAUUAGUAUCGGCAAACUAUGUUCCUACAUUUGUUGAUAGUUUUCAACAGCCCAGUCAGAAUAUACAGUAUAUAGCUACACUUGCGCCUCAAGUCAACACGAUACCAUCACAGUCAAUAGUACAAAUUCAACCAGACAACAAUUUGUUAAGUAUAGUUCCUGGCAUCCAGCAGACGAUGUAUAUUCAACAACCGAAAGUAAUGGAAAAUCAGUUAGUUAUUGAUAGCAAUGGUACAUUGAGCUGGUCUCAGCAACCUCCUGUUCAACCAGUAUACUAUGGCUUCGAAACCAUAGUCCAAAACACUGUUAUGCAAUCUCAACAGUUUUUGCCUACAACAAUGCCUGGUAUCCUAACAGCCAAUAGCAGUUACUCCACAACAACUCAGGUCUUCCAAACAAGUAAACUGGAACCUGUCUUGGACGUGUCUUCGAAUAGCUUCGUCCUAGUUAAUCCCAUGGUCAGUAAUCAACCCAUAGUCAGCUCUCAGCCGAUGAUGAAUUCUCAACAAAUGGUCAACACUCAGCCAAUGAUGGUUAACUCUCAACAGGUGGUCGGAUCUCAGCCCAUCAUUAACUCUCAACAAAUCGUUAGUUCUCAACCGAUCGUCAGCUCUCAACAAUUGGUUGGUACGCAACCUGUUAUCAACCACCAACACCAACAAAUAAUAACUCCGCAGAUCAUCAACCCACAACCAAUGGUUGAAACUCAAGUCCAACCUGUAGUUAAUACUCAACCUCCACCAGCUCCGCAAGUUCAGCAACCUCAAAUUCAUCCACCUCCACAAGAGAUCAUCACUCCUCAGUUUAAUGUGCCUCAACAAAUAAGUAUGCCUCAAAUUCCGCAACCGACCAGCCAUCAGCAGCUCAGUAUGCCUGUGAUUCAGCCCCAUCCAACCCCAGUGCAAGCCCCUAAACCCAAGGUUCGGCAGGUCAUGUCGAACAUUCCUCAUCCUGAACAACUCAAAGCGUCACAGAUUCAGUUCAAGCCACAAAAUAGAAAAUACAUCACGCCACACAAGUUAGCAACUCCUGCCACAUUGACAAACAGCAUCACUUUACCUACAGCUCCAUUCGUGCCGGAACAGGGUAUCCCAACUAAUAUAGUUACGCCUAUUCCUAAGCCAACAUCACAGAGUAGGCCGAUGAGCAGAGUUUUGCCUAUGCCUACAAAUAAUAUCCUCAAGGAGAAAAAACCGGACGAAGAGUUCUUUUCGGAGGAAGUCAAAAAGAGGAUCGAUGUUACGAACAAACCGAUAGAGGUCAUGAAGGCGAUGGAUGUUAUAAAGAAACCUAUAGAGGUCAUUAAGAAACAGGUAGAGGUUCUGCAGAAGUCUGAAGUGAAGAAAUCGAUAGAGGUUAUAAGAAAGACAAUAGACGGUAUCAAUAAGCCAGUUGAUGUUCUAAGGAAGUCCGUUGAAGUUACUAAGCUGGUGGAGAUGUCAAGGAGGCCCUUAGAAGUAACAAAGCCAGUGGAAAUUGUAGGAGCACUUACAGAAGUUACAUCUGUGGAAGCUGUAAAGAAGGUUGCAGAGACUAUGAAACCAGUGGAGAUUAUUACGAAGCCGUUUGAAGUCGUCAAUGAAUCAACUGAAGAUUUGGGAACACCAAAAGCCAUGCAGGUUGAAUCACUUGAACCUCCACACGCCAAACAGCUGAAGAAAGAGUCUCAAUUGGAUAUUGAAGCUUCCAAACCGCCUGUGAUAGAAACGAUGCCACCUAGGAUAGAAAAUAAAAAGAACGAAGAAUGUUCAAAAUCGGCACAGAAACUCCAGACGGAACCUCCUCGCUCUGUAGAUAUCACUCCGAUUACACCAGUACCCCCAAUACACCCGUUUCCCGUGGAAACUCCUCCAUUGUCACCACCAGAAGCCAAAAAUGAUACGUCUUUGAAAAUAGUGUUCCAAAAACAAAGUACCGACGGUACAUACAAAAUCAGCAACAAUUUUUCAAACAAACCAAGCAUCAAGUUACUGACGAAACCUCUUCAAGUAGCUCCCCUGAAACCCAUCAAACCUGACCUAACUGCAAGCAAAGAAAAAGACUUACACGACAAGAUUACUUUCGGAUGUAACAGCAGCAGUGUCAAGAAAGAAGAUGGUGAUAAACGAUCGAUAUUGUACACAAUAGAAACUAAAGACGGUGUCAAAUACACUUCAACUUCAGUAUCAGAUCUCUGGUCGAAGAUCUUGGAUGAAGUCCAAGCGGCUAGGGAAGCCCAUAAAAUGCCUCCCUUGCCCUUGAACAAAUCUGCUUUCGACCCUAUCCAAGUAUUAGGAUUGAAGAGCAAAGGGUUAAAGUACCUUAUCGAGCAACUGCCUGGAUUGACGAAAUGUACAAAGUACAAACCUUUGUUCAAGUUUCCGCCACAUCCUAGUAAGAUCGACGAAGAAUGCAUACAGGAUCAUGCGUUCGGAAGUAUCAGAUGCGCCCCGUAUGAAAGAAAGAAUUCUGAGCCAUAUGACAUGUUUGGUUGGCUUUCAUCCAGACAUCGGCAGCCUGGAGAGAUAUCUUUGGAUACCUUGGAGGUGUUACCUAGGAGAGUCGUGAACUUGCCGAUGGCAAUGAAAUUCCGCCAGUUAAAAAUUACAUCAAAAUACUCAGUUGGCGUGUAUAGGUCUUGCAUUCACGGAAGGGGAUUGUUCUGUCUUAGAGAUAUUGAAGCUGGAGAAAUGGUCAUAGAAUAUGCAGGAGAGGUGAUACGGUCCAUCCUGACAGAUAAGAGGGAAAAGUACUACAAUUCGAAAGGAAUUGGCUGCUAUAUGUUCCGCGUCGACGAUAACUUCGUUGUUGAUGCCACUAUGAAAGGAAACGCUGCUCGAUUUAUCAACCAUUCGUGUGACCCGAACUGCUAUUCGAAAGUUGUAGAUAUCCUGGGCCACAAACAUAUAAUCAUAUUCGCAUUGCGGCGCAUACUCAGCGGCGAAGAGUUAACCUACGACUACAAGUUCCCCUUCGAAGAAGAUAAAAUUCCUUGCACUUGCGGCUCGCGAAAGUGUCGGAAGUUUUUGAAUUGAAAUCACGAGACUCCAAACGGUCAGUUGCUCAUUCUGCACUUUGGAAAAUUUGCCUUAUCUUACAUGGUGACAAGUUGUAGUUUUACCGUAUUUUUACGAAAGCAUCCAAGGUUUGCUUUUAAAUCGUAGUUUUUCUAUCAAGCCGGUGACUAUUUGCGUUAGCCUUCAUUCACUGUCUGCAACAUUAAGUAGCCGGCAUUCGUUAAAUUUCCCAGGAAUUUAUGGAUAUUAACGUAUCGUAUAUAUACUCAGAGACAUUAAACCCAGAAAAAAAUUCUUCAACUUGAUUUUUUGGCAAUGAGGUAUAGAAUGAAACAGUAACAUUCUCACGAAAUUUUAUUGAUAAGUAAUCAUGUGCUAGGCAACCCCGCAACUGCGGCGGAUGGUGCAAAGUGGUUAGUCUCCUACCCAUCAUAUCCCACACAUAUUCGAUGGGAUUUAAAUCACGGAAAAACGUUAACGCCUUCUUCUUGAAGUGGUCCGCAGUCAGAGGAAGCACUAACCGUGGACGGUAUGCAGAAAAGCUCAAAUUCGUGUUCCUCUACCUUGUUCUAUCCACACACACGACUCGCACGCAUUACCGUCAUUGCAGUACAAUUAACCAGCAUCUCGAUGGUAAUAAUUCCACCACUGUCAAAGUCGCCAACAUGGUGAUAAUUUGGACGUCAUCCACUUCGAGGAAUUUUGUUAUUCUUAACACUAGUAAAUGAAAGAGCAAUAACUAUCAAUAUGUGUACCACUCAGCUCUCAGAAAGUGCUUUCUUCACAAAAACUAAGUGCAUUUUAACAAAGGUAAACAAAAACAAAGAUAAAACGUUGACCUUGUCGCCACAGCUUACUUCAAAUAUAGGCAUUAUGUUGCCAAGUUGAAAAAAUUAUUUUCUCUGAGUGUAACGCUUCUGUCACUGAGUAUAAUAGUUCACGACGGGCUUAUAGUGUCUGUUUACAUUUUUUUUGUUCUUCAUUAUGACACCGACACACGUAUAGUAUGGUCUAAAUAAUGAUGAUAAGCUGGUUUAUAUGUAUAAAUUAUACAUUUGAGCAAUGUGCAAUAACGUAAAAAGCACUAAUAGUUUCGACACCCAUAGCCCCCAGCUCCUUACCGUGCCCCGCACCUCGACAAGCAAACAGGUGCGCCGAAGAAGUCGCCUUGUCGGCUUUAUAUAUAUUCUAUAUACCGUUUACUUUUUUAUUUCUGCUACAAAAAUGGUAUGUCCCAUUUCAUUUUUCGGAUGCUUUACUUACUAAUAUAUUUUAUUUGAUGUUUGUUUUAAGUAUUACUUAAGUGUCUGUUCUGUCCGUAGCUAUUGUAGUAUGUUUAUUUAUUUAUUGUUUAUAUUUUUAUACGUUGCGCGUUUUAUAAUCAACUGAGUUUUCAUUGAGAAACAAGUUAUAAAGGAAUUAUAAUGCAUGGCAUCCAACACAAAUACAUUUUUUUACUUUUUAUAUUUUGAUAAGGCGAUGUUGUGAUAUUGAAGAUCUUGGAAGUACCUUUUGGAUCCACACCUUUAACCGUAAAAAAAAUCCCAGUGAGUUUUUGUAAUACCGUAUAAGUAUUUUACGUUUUCCUUUUUUAUUUAUUCAAAUUAUAGCUUGUCACCAUGUAACUUUGAAAUAUAUAUUUUGUACAUUUUAACUGAAAAAAAUUUCCUUCGGAUAGUAUAUUUUUAAAAAUUUUAUAAACUAUGAUGAGUAACCGAUUGUACUAUAAUAUAAACUGUAUAGUUGUAUAUACAAUUUGUAUUGAUAUUGUACAUAGUUGAGAUUUGCUAGCUAAAUGUACUUUUCUUCCUUAAUCGUAGAACCUAUAGGGGCCAUUCAAAUUUUACUUUUCUUGGUAUAGAAAUUAAGUUUCAUUAAUAUCAGUAUUUGAAAAAUUAUUGUUAAGCAUUUGGCUGUGAAGUUGCAUGAGGAAGAAGAUUUCUAGAAAUUCACCUACGGGGUGACACAAAUCACAUUUUUACGUCAGGACGCCGAAUUGAUAGUUUAUUUCUUUUACUGACGAUCUGCCCACAUGAUAUCAGCAAUUAACAGUUUCGGUUGUAUUUGUAAGAAAAUCAUAUAAGUUUCAUUGAAAUAAGACAGCGCAAAACGUGGUCGGACCUGUAAAGAUCUCAGUUCAAAAAAUUGAAAAUAAAAAAAUCUACGGGGUUCGAUCGUUUCAGAAUACAGUACAGUCGUCUGAAGCAAUGUUUUUGUUGUAUAUGUGCAAAACUGGUAUUCUUGUUUCAGUAAAUUAAAUAUGAACAUUUUAAAGCUUGCAAUGGUAAUACCUAUAGAAAAAGUGAGCCACUCGUCUGCAAAGCUCCUCUGGGGCGCCAUAGACGAGCUGUCACUAAUCGACUACCUAGCUAUCUGCUACCGCUAUGUCAAUGGGGCUUAGCUCUUCAGAGCUCUCCUCCAAAAUGGUUAUAUUUAUAAAAAAUUUACUAUGGACUUUUUUGUUCAGAACGAUAACAAAAACUAGAGAAAAGCUUGCCGUAAACGAAAAAAGCAUUUGCUAAAAGUAUUCUAUAACUAAUGUUUUUUUAUUCAUUCAUUAGCUGUGAUAUGGGCUGUUCCAUGUAUGUUUGCAACUCAUUUUUUCUUUAUUUUUGAUUCAAUGCCUUCUGAUGUGAAUGUCUAGAAAUCUUAUAUGCUUAUUUAUGCAGGUUGUUCAUAACAGUGCAGAUGUUUGCAAUUUUGAGUACCAAGUAGUAGUGGUAGUCUGUCUGUUUUUUUUUUGUUUUUUUUUUAGCCAUAAAACGUAUAAAUAUGACCUACAAGGAUACUUAAUAGGUACAAACAUGCUUUAUGGAUUUCUAAUGGAUAGUUUUCAUUUGAUUUUUGAAGGAUCAGCGUCUAUAAAGCGGUUCUUUGGUCUGGAAAAUAACUUAAAUUAGUUAUGCAUUCAAAUAUUUUAAACGCUCAUCAACAUUUUUCUCCUUAUUUUAUUACUUGAUUGUUCUUAAAAGCUUUCGGUUCGCAAUUUUGACAUUUCUGUCCAAAGAUCAGCCAUUUUUGAAAAUUUAACUUAUCUCGCAACAUGGUUGCUUUAGAUAUCACGACAGGGUUCGAUCAGAUUUGAAGAGGCGUGGCUGACUUCCUCUCUGGUCGCAACAUAUUCGUCGCAAUUGACGGUCGUCUUCAGCCCACAAUGUCAAGACGGGAUCAGUCUUGGCUCCGACAUUAUUCCUCUUACAUACGAGCGUGAAUCAAAUAUGAACCGGACUUUUUGUAUUAGUAAUUGUAUUGGUAUAGUAAAUACAAGUUUAUUUACAUCUUAUUUCUCUACGUAAUCUCUCUUAUUGAUGCAUUUUUCCCAUCGGAUCGGAAGUUUUUUAAUUCCCCCAUCAAAGACUGAAGCUGGUCGUGUCAGUAGCCAAUUGUGCACCUUUGUCGUCGCAAAGUGGUGACCUCCCAGGUCUUCUUUAAGUGGCCCAAACCUAGCCUUUUUUGCCGAUAGCCCAAUGUCACUUUUUUAAGCAGUUAAUUAUACGGCGAUCUUGAAAAUCAACUAGCAGUGCACCUUUGGAAUCCCAAAAUACUGUUGCAAGAGAACUUUUCCUGCAGAAAGACUGGUCCUGGCUUUUCGCGGUGCUGCCUCUCCAGGCAUUCGACACUCCAUGGAAAAAUGUUUUGCGACUCGUAUACUUGUAUCCUUGAAACUAUCGCCGAAUUGUGCUGUUAAUCAACGCAAAAUUUCGGAAGGUUUUACGCGACGUGAAUAACUCUUGCUCAGACAUGAUGCAGCUCACCUACUUCGGCGCGCCGAACCGAUUGGGUCCCCUCUUCCUGACAUUCCCACCCAACAUAUACCAAGACGUCGCCACACUCCAUUCACAUAUAACGCAUUAAACAGAAAAGUCCGGUUCAUAUUUGAUUCACCCUUGUAUCAACGAUCUCCUUUCAUGUACGAUCAAUUUGAAUUUCGAUUUUCGAAACAUGAGCUUUUAAAAAAAAAUCUGGUGCUAAAAUAAGAAUGAAAAUUUUUGUUAAAGUUUAAAGUACAUGUUCUGCAAUAUUUGAGUUAUUAUUGGGGCGAAAAACCCUCUUAAAUACUCUCAUCCUUUGUUGACAGAUCUUGUGUUCUACGUACUAGUGAAAUGCCAGACUACUAUGCUCCACAUACUCAUUAACCUUUUUUUCAUUAUAAACCUCUAUUCUGAUCCCAGUGAUAAGUAUCUAAUAUUUAAGUGUAUCCUCAAAGCUUUAAAAAGAUUCUUGUAACGUUAUACCACCACUUAUAUUUGCAUAAAUACUUGAGUUGAAAGUGCUGGUCUAAAGUUACUAACUACCGUCUGUAAAAAAUUACAGGAUGUCACUAUAAUAUAUCACUCUGCAUUUGCAAAAGCUGCUUUCUCAAAAAGGUAUUAAUCAGUGAUAUCCUGUACUUUUAUUAUUAGGCGGUCGGUAUCUGCAACAUCCGGAACUUAUCCUCAAGGUUUUCGUGUUGACAAUCUCCCUUGUUUGUCUAGAUCUAGACAAUCAAAGCCACAUAAAAUAUGUUUAAAAUGCAUGGGUUUAUUUGUCGUUUUUAAUGGACCAGACACGCCACCCUCGUUCAUCGUCCAGAAAACGCCAAAAUGCGAAACCCACCCAGAACUGCCGAUUGACCUUGAAACGCGCAGACGUUUUAAUUCACUAUUUCAAGGUCAAACUGUUGUGUCUUAUAUUAUUUCCACACUAGACAAACAACACGGUUCAUUUUUUUUUAUUAAUGAGCCUGGUGGUUCUUUUUAGACGUCACAGUAUCAUUUCUCGCAUUUCGAAUUUUUGAACAGUGUACGACGCGAAUGUACGAGGUCUGUAAAUUAAGUGAUGAGACUGAUUUUAAAACACAAGUUUGUUCAAAUAUAAGUACAAUUUUAUAUUGUCAUCCUCAAAAUGACUUCAUUCUGAAACCACACAGCGUUGGAGACGGUUCUUUCACUACACAUAGCAAGGCUGAAACUCGGUACUGGGUCAGCUGUUUGAGGUGAUUUUUCAACUUCGGAGAAUUUUAAACAUAUGUGGUUUUGAUUGGUCGGACAAACAUGGGGGACUAUCAAUAGGUCUCAGUGAUUACUACAAGUUCCCACUGAUAUUCUUUCGAAAUUAUUAGAAUUUUGCAUUUGUGUUAUAGAUUAAGACCUUUUUAUAAACUAGAACUGUCACAACAUUAAAUGCAUUUAGUGAUGUACAGUGUGGAUCACAGGCAAUAAGACUUUAUUUUGUUUUUUACGCUCAGUUUUUCGUCUAGUAUAUAUUGCAGUGGAACUAACUAUGCUUGCAUGCUGUGUUAUAUGAACCUUGUGUUGAGUCUGCUUAAGCUUCUAACAGCACUUACAAAUUCCUAUAUGGAAACCUUUCACAAACCACAGCUAUUAUUUACUUAAUAUUAAGCCCAAUUUUUUUAAAACUCCGUGUUGUGACAUUACUGGUUUUAAGCUUUUAUUCAGGAAUAAAACUGGAAAACGGUUACUUCUGAUGGAACCUGCGCCACAUAAUCACAAUCAGUUUAUCAUUUUAUAUCGUUUGAAUGUUUUCGACUGUCCCAAUUUUUUACUCCAACUACCAUGAAGGCCUAAGGCCUAAACACCCAUUGGGUACCGUGAGGCUGAGGUCUCUUGGGGUGAUUUUUCAACUUCAGGAACAGAAAAAAGUCACAAGGACUCAAAUCAGGCGAAUAAGGAGGCUGUGGAGCCCCAGGAAUGUUUUUCUUAAUCUUAUGAACGGUGGUGUGAGUCAAAUUUGAGUCUUCCCUGAUCAUUCUGACUCUCAACAGACGAUCUGCACGCACGAGAUUCCCAAUUCUGUCGAUAUUUUCAUCGGUUCUUGAUGAUGAAGGGUUUACGUCGACUUCAGCAACACCCUGUAUAAUAAUGACAGAAUGUACUGUCAUUAUUGUCAUUGUACUUGAAAAAGGUCGCCCAUGUGGUUUAAUUCGACCAGACAAUAGAAGACUAACGUUUUUAUCUAUGUUCAUAUUUGUUUUAUUUUUUUUUUAUUUCCAAUAAAUCUUGUCUAAAAUGUGGCGCAGGUAAAAUGUAGGAAGAUUCCGAAUUUUCCAGAUGCGUCUGGAUGUUAGCUUAAAAAGUUUAACAAACGUUUGCAUUGAACCUUUGUUGCCCUGUAUAAGUUUGCCAUUGGCACCAUAGGUACUAUAUUAUGAACAUGUGAUAUGUUGUGCAUAUUCUUUGCGACACAAAUACUUUUUAUAUACUUCUAUAAAAAAAAGCGAGAAAACUUUUUGUACAUAUAGAUAUUACCAAAAGAUUUUUUAUUUGUAUGUAUUGAACAUGACUUUAUUUCUGGAUUUGUAUCUAGUAAAAUGGUUCGUGUUGAAAAUCACAUACGCGUUUCUUUUUGAUAAUAACAUUUUAUGAAUUUCUGGGCUUGUCUACCAAAAAAGUACUUCUAUCUGUGUUUGUUAACAUUAGUCAAAAUUAUAUUUUUAAGAUAA